UUUCGGCUGGCUUGUGUGAUCCGACUCCGGGAGAGCAUUCCUGGCAACGUCGUGAGCGGGGAUAGAGACAAGCUGUCGACUAUUGGUCAAUGAAUGUUUCUCCUAGGAGAUGGGGAUUUCUAAAGGGAUAUAAGUUCGUCGAACGGCAGCAGAGCUGUGAGCGAGAGACUUUCCCCGCCUCGUUCACCCCCUCUGCUCACCUGUGAGUCAACACACACACACAGGCACGGACCACGCCCGAUUCACUUGCACAGCUGAAGGUCCGGACGAGAUCUGCCCAGAGCCUGAGAGAAGAGAGACAGCCUACUGUGUAGCUGGGCCUAUGACCAGCAGUGUCCCACCCUCCCAUUGAAAGCGAUGUGUGUGGGAGGUGGAGGCCGCAGCAUCAGCAGAGUGUGUGUGGGGCUCCUCUCCCUCUCCCCUACUCCACACUCUGGCCUGGGAUGCCAGCUCCCUGCCCCCCUGCCUGCUGUCCUGCCCUGAGCUUUCCUGGGGCGCCAUGAACACCUACAGAGAUCGAGGGGUCACCUGCACCUCCUCAGACCUGCUGGAGAGGGGCGGAGGGGGAGGGCCUGGGUCCCUCCUCACACAACAUGCCGCCUUCCACCUCACCCCCAACGGCCACAUUGCCCCCUCUGAUCCAGCCACCCAAUCCCGUGUCUCCGUUCCCAAGAUGGGUGUCCGCGCCCGUAUUGCUGAGUGGCCGCCGCGCCAUGCGCAAUCAAGGGAGUCGCUCCUGGAGAACGGGCAAGGCGGUAAUCACCAUGGAGACGACCCCUCCACAACGACCGCAUCUUUCCCCAUCUCGGAGGUCGGGCUGGUGAGGGGAGGAGUGGCUCGUUUACCAAGGCGACGCACGAAGGACGUGGAGUUCCGUGGUGGGUACGGAGGUGAAAGAGGGUCUCCCGCAGGCCUGCGUGCCUUCCCCCCGUUACGGCAGCGCUCCAACAGCGAGGUGACUCUGAGCGAGCAGGACGAGAACGAGGUGGAAGGUCGUGGAGGUGCUAAUCUGUUCCGGGAGUACGGCAGCACCUCCUCCAUCGACGUGCAGGGCAUCCCCGAGCAGAGCUUCUUUGACAUGCUCAGCCAGUUCCACCAGGAGAGGCCCGACCAGCGCAGCACUGCCCCCGGACGGCUGGGGGAGCUACUGUACACCCCCAACUCCCCUCCCUCGGCACCCCUCCCCACGGGCCACUCCCCCACGCCCACAUCCCGGGGGGAGGAUGGAGGGAUGGGGAGGUCAGAGAACAGGGUGAGGAAGAAGAGUGGGGGGACAGAGUCGUCUCUGGGGACGUCCUCUCUGUUCCGGAAGCUCCGCAGCUCCAGCAGAGGGGAGCUGGACAGAGGGGAUGCGUGGGAGGACGGGGGAGGCCGUAACUCUACAGAUACCCCCUACAAACCCUGGGUGUGCCCCAAGAGCUUUGUCCACUACGACGCCCAGAGCAUCCUGUUUGACCUCAAUGAGGCGGCUGCUCGGCGCGCCUAUGUAGCCAAGCGGAGGAACACUGCCACCGGGGCAUCGGCGGCCUCAGUCUCCCUGGCUGUGUCACAGUCCUCAACUCUGAGUGGGUUGGACGCUACCUACUCCAGCAUUGAGGACCUGACGCUAGGCCUCGACCCCAGCGCGCCCACACCCUCCCUGGGCAUGGACCCUCUGGACGCCCCCCCCGGAGGCCCCAACUCCAGUCCGCUCCUCCUCAGUUGCCCCCACUUCCGCAACGAGACGGGGGGCCACGGGGAGCGCAACGUCAGCUUCCUGAGCUCCUCGGCCGAGCGGGGAGGGGAGGGGGGCGCGGGUGACAUGGCGAGGGGCAGCCUUCGGCGUAGCAACGCCAGUGUGUCGGUGGUGGAGGUGCCCAUAGAGCAGCAAGUCACCAGAAUGGACAGGCUGAAACUCUAUAGCAUCGAGCACGUGGACCUGGGGGCGCGCUACUACCGAGACUACUUCCACGGGAAAGAGCACUCUAACUACUUUGGGACGGACGAGAAGCUGGGUCCGGUGGCUGUGAGUAUCCGCAGGGAGAAACUGGACGACACUAAAGACCUGAAGGACCAGUACCAGUACCGCAUCAUCGCCAGAACCAGUGAGCUGGUGACGCUGCGGGGAUCCAUACUGGAGGAUGCGGUGACCUCCACGGGGAGGCACGGCACGGUGCGUGGUCUCCCCCUAAAGGAGGUGCUGGAGCAGGUGGUCCCGGAGCUCAGUGUGUCCUGCCUGCGCCUGGCUCUCAGCACGCCCAAGGUCACCGAGCAGCUCCUCAAACUGGACGAACAGGGGCUGAGUCAGAAGCACAAGGUGGGAGUGCUGCUGUGUCGGGCAGGGCAGAGCACCGAAGAGGAGAUGUAUAACAAUGAAGAGGCCACGCCCGCCUUCUCGGCCUUCAUGGACCUGCUAGGGGAGCAGGUGUGCCUCCGAGGCUUCACCAACUAUGCCGCCCAGCUGGACACCAAGACUGACUCGACGGGCACCCACUCCCUGUACACCACCUACCAGGGCUAUGAGGUCAUGUUCCACGUGUCCACCAUGCUGCCCUACAUGCCCAACAACCCCCAGCAGCUCUUGAGGAAGAGGCACAUAGGGAACGACAUCGUCACAAUAAUCUUCCAGGAGCCGGGAGCGCUGCCCUUCACCCCUCAGAACRUCCGCUCCCACUUCCAGCACGUGUUCGUCAUUGUCCGCGUGCACAACCCCUGCUCCGACGACGCCUGCUACAGUGUGGCUGUGACGCGUAUGAAUGACGUACCUUCCUUCGGCCCGCCCAUCCCCAGCGGGGUGACGUUCCGCGGCCCUGAAGCCUUCCGCAACUUCCUCUUGGCCAAGGUCAUCAAUGCAGAGAGCGCCGCGCACAAGUCUGAGAAGUUCCACACCAUGGCCACGCGCACGCGACAGGAGUACCUCAGAGACUUAGCCGAGAACUGUGUGAGCAGUACGCCGCUCGACUCCGCGGGCAAACUAAACAACCUCAUCUCUCUAGCGUCGAAGAAGAGAGAGCGGGCGCGGGCGAGAGACGGGGCAGAGUUGGGAGCGGCCGGGGCGGUGGCGUGGAGGGUGCUGGCCCAGGACUUCAGUGGCGGCGGGACGGAGAUCUCCUGCGCUCUGGGCGUGUCGGCAGAGUACAUCCUCCUGGCAGACUGCAACACCAAGGAAGUGGUGUUCAACUGCUUCUGCGCCGACGUGAUCGGCUGGACGCCGGAGAGGCUGGCGCUGAAGAUCUUCUACGGGAGAGGAGACCACAUCGCCGUCAGAGUCCCAGAGGGCUUUGCUCAGGACAUCAGGGAAGUGGUGCAGAGGUUAAAGGCGCUGACGGUGGGCUGUGAGACGGUGGAUAUGACUCUGAGGAGGAACGGCCUGGGACAGCUGGGGUUCCACGUCAGUCUGGACGGCACCGUGGCUGAGGUGGAGGAGUAUGGCUUCGCCUGGCAGGCAGGGCUGAGGCAGGGCAGCCGGCUGGUGGAGAUCUGCAAGGUUGCCGCGGUAACCCUGACACACGAGCAGAUGAUCGACCUACUGAGGACGUCUGUCACCGUUAAAGUGGUGAUCAUACCCCCCUACGAGGAGGGAGGGCCCCGCAGGUGUGUGUGUGUGUGUGUGCGCACGUUUGAGUGUGUGUAUGUGAAAAUGAACGCGUUUGGCUGUACAGAGGAGUAUGAGAUGAAGACAAUGGAGCAGAAGCCAGAGUCUGAGCCGUGGCAGCAGGCGCCCCACCCUCAGCGUUGGACCCCUAUGCCCCCCACCACCCAAUCCCGCUCACACAAAGCCAUGGUCAUGCACAUCCCAUACAGGGAGGCCCAGCAUCUCUCCAACAAGAGGCCGGUGAGCUUUCCUGAGAACCACUACAGCCUGUCCCCAGCGGGAGGCGACAGAGUGCUGCCCUACAGGAACCCCUCAGCCAGCUUCUCCUCCCCCUCUGGCUUGGGGGGCAUGGCGGCCCUGGGUGGCCCCAUACUCAGCGGGCCCUUCGUACGCUACAAACCCUCACCUGACAGGUACGGUUCAGCCCAGCGUCCCCUGCUGGCCUACGAACCUCAUCUCAGUCUGGACAUCACCUCUAGUGGAGAGUCCUCCUCGGGCUUCACGAGCCAGGAAAGCACUAUGGAGCGCCUGCGCCCAGAGCCCCUAUGGCAUGUCCCAGUAUCAUCAUCUCGGGGGCCAGGAAGAGGAGGGGGGCAGAGGAAACCCACCCGACAGGACGUCCCAGGGAAAGACUCCCCCAACAGACACUCAAAGGGUGAGACCCAGUACUCCAGCCACUCCAGCAGUAACACUCUCUCCAGUAACGCGUCCAGCAGCCACAGUGACGAGCGCUGGUUCGACGGGGCCGGGGGGGAGAGAGGAGGCCCGGGGGGGUCCGGGGGUUGCCUAGGCGACCUGGCUGAACCUGACCCCGACCCCCUCAGUAAGGGCGGAUCCAGCGACAGCGGCAUCGACGCCCCCACCCUCUACAACACCAAGCCCGGCGGUCGCCACGGAAACCAGUCCAGCCAAUCACAGAAGCCCCUGCACUGUUCAGCGACCUAUAAUAGCGGGCUGCAGGACGUCUCUGGGGUGAGGGGCGACGGAGUCGAGGAGCGGAGACUAGAGUCGUCACCUGUAUUACCUGCCAAUCAGAACAAAGGAUACCGCACGCGUACCUUCCCUCCUCCUGGAUCCAACGUGGAGAAGCCAGACUCAUUUAAACCCAGGGCCUGCUAUACACCCCAGGGUUACAAGACCCCUGCAGCAGAGAAAUCACGGCCGGUCCGAGCCGCCACAGUCACGCCUAACUCUGCUCUAAUCAGCUCCACCCCUCUCUCCAGCUCCGCCCCCAAGGCCUUAUGCAGCAAGAACAGGCUGGGCCCCUGGCAACCAGAUGACAACGCCCCCUCCCCUUCAAACAUACCCACUACCUACUGCUCUGACAGCAGCAAGAAGCAGGUGGACGUGAAUUCUAAGAACGUGUUCGGACAGCCCCGUCUCAGAGCGUCGCUAAGGGACCUGCGGUCUCCACGGAGAUCCCACAAGAGCACCGUCGAAGACGACCUGAAGAAACUCAUCAUCAUGGACAGCCCUGGCGAGAUACCACAAAGAGACAUGUCUCCUCGGCGCACUCUUCAGCGCACGUUCUCAGACGAGUCUCUGUGCAGCGGGCGCAGGGAUGCCAGCUAUGCCAGCACUGCCCCCCUGUUUGACCAGGGCACUCCCAGCGACCUGCUGUUCACCUGCACCCUGCCCACCCGGCGCCACGCACACUCUGCCAGCCACAUGCCCAACAAGAAGGUCCCUAUGUCUGCGUCGGAGCUGUCUCUGAAAGAGGUGAGGGAUAAGGUUCCCCCGCUGAGGAGGCUGGACCCGGGGCUCAUACCCCUGCCUGACACUGCCUGUGGCCUGGAGUGGGCCAGCCUGGUCAACGCUGCCAAGGCCUACGAGGUGCAAAGGGCAGUGUCUCUAUUCUCGCUCACCGAGCCUCAAGUUGGGGUUCCAGACAUGCGGCCGAUCAUCAGUCCAGUCCAGUUCCAAACACCUCAGACUCCACGCUCUACCCCCACCUUCAGCGGGGAUGAGGUACCCAACGACCUUUCGGGACGGCUGUACAGCCUAGAGGUGAUGCUGAAGCGGCUCAACACUGACCUGGAGAAGGAGAAGGAGGACAAAGUGCACCUGUUGGCUGAGAUGGCUAACCUGCGGCAGAAUAACCAGCGGCUCCAGGAAGAGAGCCACUCGGCCAGCGAGCAGCUCCGCAAGUUCAGCCUGCUCUUCACCGACCCCCCGCAGAGGAAGUGAGCUCACACGAACACAGGAAGUGACCUCGGAGAGAGAGUGCGAGAGCAUCCGCAGAGAGAACUUGUGACCUAAGCCAGAGAACGAUGGAGAGGAGGGAAGAGGUUAUGAUAAAGGUGAUUUUAGUGGAAAGACAGUCACAGUGAGUUUCAUGCUGUUGGGAUUGAGUGGGGAAUGGAUUUGUUAGUGGGUCUGGUUAGGCACUGUGGAAUACAUGGGCAAUAGAAAAUAGAAGUUAGUGUGUGAAGUGAUGUACAAGAAAAUAAGAGAGGGAAAGAACGCCCCCCCCUACAUUCUCACGUUCUAUCCCUCGCCUGCUGCUUCUGUCACAUUCCAACCACACCAUCUCCCUCCUGCCUCUCCUAGAGGGGUAGGAUGGUAGGGGAGAAGAGGAGCACUACCUCUCCACCACUGACCUGCUCUGGGGAGAGAGACCUGUCGUUAUGCCGCCACCCUCUCUGUGGUGCACCACCCACAACCAGAAACCCUGCCUCGCUCUGGGCUGGGCGGACACAGGGACUGCAGAGAACCAAUGGAUCCCCGUUGGCUCAUCUGAAACCGAAUUGCCUAGACAGAAGAGCCUGCAAGUAGACACGCCUAUUAUUUUUUUUACUCUAAAAGAGUCCCAACACAGCACAAGCUGACUCCCUCAGCCUGUGCACCCAGAGUGAAUCCCUCUGUCCCUGCUUGUAGGUUUUUAUUUUUGUACACACCUGCGUCAGUAAAAGCCAAUAAAGAGGAGAGAUGUUAUGAACUGUAGAACACUAGAUCACCCAGAGAGGCCUAAUACUGUUCCUGAAGCAAAUCAGCCAAAAACAAACACGAGCUCUGGCUCAAAAAAAAGUACUCCAACUCCCAGAAUGCUCUGGGAGACGUGUGUUUAUAAAAGAUGUGGUACUGUACUUUUGCCCGUGUGGUUCAACAUAUAGCUUGAACACAUGCAUAUUGUACUGAUACGCUUUGUUGAGUGUGUGUGAUAGGCUGGCACGGGCAUUUCAGUCAUGAGCAAGCUGUAUUAUGACAGCUAUGCUAGUGAGAUGAGACAUCUUGUUCGUUCAUAGACAGUAUAUAGUGUCAUAAACUCAAUGAUAGUAUCUCAAUCUCGUUUUUUUUUGGCUAACGGUCAAUGUUAAAGGUAUUUACAAAUAUCUAAGCAGUUUUUUUUUACAUAUGUAGAAUUAUCAUAUUUAGUGGUUUCUGUUUUGUUUACCAACUGCUAGUACACACAUCUGUGUGCAUUUAGAAAAUACAUAGAAAUGAUCUCUUAAACACUGUAGCACCUGUGUCAUGGUACAAUAGCUGUGUGUGUGUGUGUGUGCGUGCUAGAAUGAAGGGGUAUUAUACAUACGUUUUGCUAACAGUCCUCGUGUCUGCAGAAUCAAACUGAACAAUUUAUACACAACUGUGAGACCUAGCUAAAUAACUUAAGUAACUUUUCUUGUGGUGAUGGGUCUGUGAAACGUGGCCAUUUCAAAAACAAAGAAAUGUCCAUCCGACAGGAAUACACUAAACUAAAUCAACACACAAACGUUCUCCUAACUAGCUCGGUUAUAUUCUCUAUAGAAACUAUUUUUCUUACCGAUGUGUAUCUUUGUGUCCAUUGUUUGUUAUGAAUGUGGGAUAAAUGGAGGGGAGCGCGGAGCUGGCAAAACCAACGGUGUGGGUUCCAAUUCUCGUUUGGGCCACAUCCAUUCACUAAAAUUAUGAAACUGUCUCCUGAAGGACCAUAUUUCUAUUUUCGUUCCAUUUAAAUGUAACCCCCUAGCACAGUUAAGUCGUCGUAGAACCCCUUUUCAGGAACCCCCUGCCCUGCCUCAACUAGAAUCCUGUCUUCCCUUCACUACUCUCAGGACCCUUCACAGACAUCCUCUUUUACGGACUGUACUAUUUAUUUGUAUUUAUUGUUUUGUGUGUGGACAUGUACCUAUAUGGUGUAAACCCUUUGUGACUGGAUCGGUGGACAUUCACAUGCAUAUGGCACAAAAACACAAACAUACGAAACAAACUACACAACCCUGCCCUCACUCUUUCAAAAGCAUCUGUACAUUUACGAGAGACAUUACGUUUAGAUAAGAGCAACAUAUACAGUACAUUGGGAAAGUGUUCAGACCUCUUUACUUUUUCCACAUUUUGUUAUGUUACAGCCUUGCU